AUGGGUCUCACCCAGGAACAGACUGACAUCAUCAAGGCCACCGUGCCUGUGAUCAAGGAGCAUGGCAAUGCUGUUACCAGUGUCUUCUACAAGAACAUGCUCGCCGCACACCCUGAGCUGAAUGCCAUCUUCAACUCCUCCAACCAAGUCAACGGCCACCAACCCCGCGCCCUCGCCGGUGCUGUCUUCGCCUACGCCGCCAACAUCGACAACCUUGGUGCUCUCGGCCCCGCAGUCGAGCUCAUCUGCAACAAGCAUGCCUCCCUCUACAUCCAGCCCGAGCACUACAACAUCGUCGGCAAGUUCUUGCUCGAGGCCAUGGGCGAAGUCCUUGGUGACGCCUUCACCCCCGCCAUCAAGGACGCGUGGGCCGCCGCUUACUUCCAACUCGCUGAUAUCAUGAUCAACCGCGAAGCUGCCCUCUACAAGGAGGCCGACGGAUGGACCGAGUUCCGCGAUUUCCGCAUCGCCAAGAAGGUUCCUGAAUCUUCUGAGAUUACCUCCUUCUACCUCGAGCCUGUCGAUGGCAAGCCCCUCCCUUCUUUCCGUCCCGGACAAUACAUCUCUAUCCAGCUCUUCGUCCCCCAACUCAACCACCCUCAAGCCAGACAAUACUCCCUCAGUGACAAGCCCCGCUCCGACUACUACCGGAUCUCCGUGAAAAAGGAGCCUGGUCUCAAUGCCACUGAACCGGGUGCUGAAGCCCACCCUGGCCUCGUGUCCAACAUUCUGCACGAUCUCAAGAAAGAGGGCGACAUCAUCAAGGUGUCGCACCCCCAGGGUGACUUCUUCCUGUCCGAUGCGGAGAAGCAGAGCACCAGCCCCAUCGUUCUCUUGGCAGCCGGUGUGGGUCUGACCCCGCUCACCUCGAUCCUGAACACCAUCCUUGAGACCGAAUCCGAGACACAGCGCAAAAUCUCCUUCAUUCACGGCGCUCGCACCUCCGCCGCCCGUGCCUUCAAGCCCCAGAUCCGCGAGCUGGCUACCAAGGUGCCCAACUUGCAGGCGUUCUUCUUCACCAGCCACCCGGCUGCCGAGGACAAGCAGGGUGAAGACUACGACUUUGCCGGUCGCCUGGAUCUGAGCAAGCUGGAUUCCAAGAAGAACCUGUUCCUGGACGAUGCGACAACUCAGUACUACGUGUGCGGUCCCGAGUCGUUCAUGCUGGACGUGAAGGGCAAGCUGGCUGCUGAGGGCGUGAGCGCGGACCGCAUCAAGAUGGAGCUGUUUGGCACUGGUGGUGUACCCGCUUGA